UUGAAUGGUGGACAACUGUUACAGGUGUUCCGUAUUCCAACGAAACAUUUGUUCAUCAACUAAAAUAACUUAACAUUUCUAUUUGAUAUGUCGAUUGAUUGGCAUAAUGCGUAAAGGCAACAGGCCAAACGAAAUGUUCCUUACAAGAGCUCUCGAGAAAAUCUUGAGCGACAAAGAAAUAAAAAAAGCUCAUCACUCCCAACUGAAAAAAGCCUGUGAGGUGGCACUUGAUCAACUAAAGAAAGAAAGUAGUGUUCAAAGUGAAGACCAAUCAUCAUCAGCGUUACCCACACCUAAACAAGCUGGUUUUGUUGAAGCAGAUAAAUAUUUCUUACCAUUUGAACUUGCAUGUCAAUCCAAAUGCUUUAGGAUUGUAAAUGUAGCACUAGACUGCUUACAGAAAUUGAUUGCCUAUGGUCAUCUGACUGGAAAUGCCGUAGAUACUACAUCUCCAGGUAAAAGGUUGAUAGAUCGCAUUGUAGAGACGAUAUGUGGAUGUUUCCAUGGACCACAGACAGAUGAAGGUGUACAGUUACAGAUCAUAAAGGCUUUAUUGACAGUGGUUACAUCAAAUACAGUAGAAAUACAUGAGGGUACAGUUCUACAGACUGUCAGGACAUGUUACAAUAUCUACCUAGCCAGUAAAAACCUGGUCAACCAAACAACAGCUAAAGCUACCCUCACACAGAUGUUAAAUGUCAUUUUCUCACGAAUGGAACAGCAGGCUGCACAGGAAUUGAAACAAAGAGACAGAAGCUCGAGCAAAUUGUCCAAAAAAUCUGAUGAGUCAGAAGAAGUGUCAGAAAAUCAAAUGAAUGGAGAUGUAGAACAAACUGAAGGACAGACAGACAGCAACCAGAAUAAUGGUCAUGCUACUACAGAUGAAGCAAUAGAUGGAGAGGAGACAACAGAAGUUGUAGUAAAUGGUGUCAUAGAAGAUUUAAUUGAUCAAGUUUGUACAGAGCAACCUAAUACAAGCAUGGAAGGUGCUGGUUCCUUGCCCAUAACUCAUUCUUCCUCCCAAGUAGAAACUGGGGAUGGGGAAACAACUUCUCAAACUACACAGCAAGGGGAGACAACUUCCCAAUCUUCAAACCAGGGGGAGACAACCUCUAGGGCAUCUUCACAACAAGGGGAAGCAACUUCUCAGUCUUCACAAAGCAGAAGUGGAAGUGGUUAUGCAUUGAACAAGUUAGAUGAUGAACCAGAAGGCAUGGAGAAUGCAGAAUCCCCAGAGAUGCCCCAAGGUGUAUUUAGUCAUAUCCUACAGAAAGAUGCAUUCCUUGUCUUCAGAAGUCUGUGUAAAUUAUCCAUGAAACCAUUGGCUGAUGGGCCUCCUGAUCCAAAAUCACAUGAACUGCGCUCCAAAAUUCUGUCCCUUCAGUUGUUACUGUCAAUACUUCAGAAUGCAGGACCAGUGUUUAAGACAAAUGAAAUGUUUAUCAAUGCAAUUAAACAAUACUUAUGUGUAGCAUUGUCUAAGAAUGGAGUUAGUUCUGUUCCUGAUGUGUUUGAACUGUCUUUAGCCAUAUUUCUGACAUUAUUAUCAAACUUUAAACAACAUCUCAAGAUGCAGAUUGAGGUGUUCUUUAAAGAAAUAUUCCUGUAUAUACUGGAGACUCCUAGUAGUUCUUUUGAACAUAAAUGGAUGGUUAUACAAGUGUUAACCAGAAUUUGUGCAGAUGCACAGUGUGUUGUUGACAUCUAUUUGAAUUAUGAUUGUGAUUUAGCAUUAGCCAAUAUAUUUGAAAGACUUGUAAACGAUCUUUCAAAACUUGCACAAGGUCGACAUGCUUUAGCUCUUGGUGCUACUCCCAACCAGGAAAGAAGUAUGAGAAUAAAGGGAUUAGAAUGUUUAGUUUCUAUAAUGAAAUGCUUGGUAGAAUGGAGUAAAGAUUUGUAUGUAAAUCCUCAUUCACAGUCUAAUCUAGGUCAAGAGAGUAAACCGUCUACAGAAACCGAUAGUGAUUCUGGGAAGGGUACAAUGACAAGUUAUGGUAGUGUGAACUCACUUAACUCUAAUAAUAGCACACAACUUACUAGCAGUCAGCCAUUGGAUAAUCCAGAGCAGUUUGAAACAUUAAAACAACAAAAGGAAAUCUGGGAACAUGGCAUUGAAUUAUUCAAUAAGAAACCAAAGAAAGGUAUAGCCUACUUACAGGAACAGGGACUUCUGGGUAAUACACCUGAUGAUCUAGCUGAAUGGUUCCAUAGUGAUGACAGAAUGGACACGACAGUUGUUGGAGAUUUUCUUGGUGAAAAUGAAAAAAUAAACAAAGAAGUUAUGUAUGCCUAUGUAGAUAAACUUGACCUAACAGAAAUGGAAUUUAUCCCCGCUCUUAGACGAUUUCUAGAGGGAUUCAGACUGCCUGGUGAAUCUCAGAAAAUAGACAGGCUCAUGGAAAAAUUUGCUUCCAGAUAUUUCUCCUGUAAUAUUAAUAAUGAAGUAUUUGCUAGUGCUGACACGGCUUACGUAUUGGCUUAUUCCAUCAUCAUGUUGACAACUGAUCUGCACAGUUCUCAGGUCCGAAACAAAAUGACAAAAGAGCAGUAUAUCAGAAUGAAUCGUGGGAUAAAUGAUAGUAAAGAUUUACCAGAAGAAUAUCUGUCUGCCAUUUAUGAUGAGAUUGCUGGAAAUGAAAUCAAAAUGAAAGUAGGAGCUGUCAUAAAACAACCAAAUAAACAAGGAAAGGACAUAACCAGCGAUAAGCAGAGAAGAAUGUUGUAUAAUGUAGAAAUGGACAACAUGGCUGCCACCGCUAAGGCACUGAUGGAGUCUGUCAGUCAUGUUGAUUCUUUUUUCACUAGUGCUACACAUUUUGAACAUGUUAGACCAAUGUUUAAGAUGGCUUGGACCCCAUUCCUGGCUGCUUUCAGUGUAGGUUUACAGGACUGUGAUGAUGCUAACAUUGCGUUACUCUGUUUGGAUGGCAUCAGAUGUGCUAUACGGAUUUCAUGUAUUUUUCGUAUGGAGCUUGAGAGAGAUGCUUAUGUUCAGGCUUUAGCUAGAUUUACACUGUUGACUGCAGCCUCACCCUUGACGGAGAUGAAAAGUAAAAACAUAGACACAAUCAAAACACUGAUAUCAGUUGCUCAUACUGACGGAAACUAUCUGGGAAAAUCUUGGCUGGAGAUACUGAGAUGUAUUUCCCAGCUAGAGUUAGCCCAGUUGAUAGGUACAGGUGUAAAACCUAGCAGACAGUCUCCAGGUAAAGGAGAUAUGCAUGGUGGACACCCAAUAGAGGCAUUUGAUCCUGAAGUUAUUGCCAGAGGAGGAUUAGAUUCCAAACGUUUGGCUAACCUACAGGAACAGAUGGGAGAAACCAGUUCACAAAGUGUGGUCGUCGCUGUAGAUAGGAUAUUCACAGGAUCUGUCAAAUUGGAUGGAGAAGCUAUUGUUGAAUUUGUGAAAGCUUUAUGCCAAGUGUCCAUGGAUGAGCUAGCACAUGUCAGUCAUCCUAGAAUGUUCAGUUUGACCAAGAUUGUGGAGAUUUCCUAUUAUAACAUGGGUAGAAUUAGGUUGCAGUGGUCUAGAAUAUGGCAGAUUCUUGGUGACCACUUUAAUAAGGUUGGAUGUAACCCCAAUGAAGACAUUGCAUUUUUUGCUGUGGAUUCUCUGAGACAGCUGUCUAUGAAGUUUUUGGAGAAAGGAGAAUUUUCUAACUUCAGAUUCCAAAAAGAUUUCCUUAGACCCUUUGAACAUAUCAUGAAAAGAAAUAGAUCUCCUACAAUAAGAGACAUGGUUGUGAGAUGUGUUGCACAGAUGGUCAAUUCCCAGGCAGCUAACAUUAAAUCUGGUUGGAAGAAUAUAUUCAGUGUGUUUCAUUUAGCAGCCUCAGAUCAUGAUGAAGCUAUUGUAGAACUAGCAUUCCAAACAACGGGUAAAAUCAUAUUGACUCCGACACCUAAAGGACAAGGUCUGUUUAGCUGGUCUGUAGAUAAAGUAAAUAUAUUUGAACAGCAUUUUGCAGCCAUCAUUGAUUCAUUCCAAGAUGCAGUAAAGUGUCUAUCAGAAUUUGCAUGUAAUGCUGCUUUUCCAGACACUAGCAUGGAGGCUAUUCGACUGAUCAGAAACUGUGCGAAAUAUGUUGCAGAGAAACCAAUGAUGUUCAGAGACCAUGGUGGUGAUGAAAUUAAUGUACCAGAAGAAGAUCGUGUUUGGGUCAGAGGAUGGUUCCCUGUUCUGUUUGAGCUUUCAUGUGUGAUAAAUAGAUGUAAACUUGAUGUCAGGACAAGAGGUCUUACUGUGAUGUUCGAGAUAAUGAAAACUUAUGGUGACACAUUUCUCAGCCAUUGGUGGGCAGAUUUAUUCCAAGUUGUUUUUCGAAUCUUUGACAAUAUGAAGUUACCAGAACAACAAAAUGAGUGUACUGUUGCUCACAGGAGAUUUAAAGCAGAAUGGAUGACAACCACCUGUAACCAUGCUCUAUACGCCAUUGUUGAUGUAUUCACACAAUAUUAUAGUGUACUACACACAGUUUUACUUGAUGAACUCUAUAACCAGUUACACUGGUGUGUCAAACAAGAUAAUGAACAAUUAGCUAGAUCUGGAAUUAAUUGUUUAGAAAAUCUAGUUAUUUCUAAUGGAACCAAGUUCUCCCCAGAUGUAUGGCACAAAACCUGUGUGAUUAUGUUAGAUAUAUUCAAAGAUACUAUUCCUACGAGUUUGUUAGCAUGGUGUCCAGAACAUGAUAACUCUCCUGAUAAUCAUCCAUUCAAUAAGAUGGAAUCUAUGGAAGAAUUAAAUGACUCAUUGUCACCAGACCAUACCCAUGAUAACAGAUCCUUAAAAAGGGCUGACAGUAACCAUAGUGUAUAUAGUACUGUAUCUCAGGAAUCCAGGGAGCAUAAAAUACCAAGGUCAAAAGUUUCUCCAGAUCAGAAGUUAUUCCAAGGAUUGUUAAUUAAAUGUGUUGUACAAUUAGAACUGAUACAGACCAUAGAUGAUAUUGUUUUCUUCCCAACAACCAGUAAGAAGGAGGAUGCUGAAUAUUUAGCUGCUGCACAGCAUAGUUUAGACGCACCAUAUGAGAUGGAUACCAGCCAGCAGGAAGACCAAGGGAUGUAUCAGUUUCUCAGUAGUCAACAGUUACUCAUGUUGGCAGACUGUUUACUCGAAUCACACAAGUUUGCUAAAGACUUUAAUUCUAAUCAUGAACAAAGAAAUGUUCUAUGGAAGGCUGGUUUCCGAGGUAAAGCAAAACCAAAUUUAUUGAAGCAAGAAACACAAAGUUUAGCCUGUGUGUUCAGAAUAUUAUUUAGAAUGUACAAUGAUGAUUCAAGGAGAGGAGAAUGGAACCAGAUAGAAAAUAAAAUUAUAAGUGUAUGUAAAGAAUCUUUAGAAUAUUUCCUGUCAUUAGAGUCAGACAGUCACAGAGAUGCCUGGAAUAGUUUAUUGUUGUUAUUACUCAACCGUCUUUUAAAGAUGACUGAUGAUAGGUUUCGAAUCCAUGGUUCAGCAUACUUUCCAUUUAUGUGUGAAACACUUAUGUUUGACUUUAAAUUAGAGAUGAAAACAACACUGAAGAAAUUCUUUUUACGCUAUGGACCAACCUUCAGUAUCAUCUCCAGCUAGUAAAAAUAAAUUUUAUCAACCUGUUGUGAUAUUAAAAUCAUGUGAUAUUUAUCUCUUAGAGGAUAUAUGUAUAUUUCUUUCAAUGUGAUCACUUCAUUCGUUUACGUCAACAUUUAGUAAUUAAAAAUUGAUAGAGAGUUGUAUACAAGUGUCUUGUUUGUGAGUGUGAUUGUACUAAUGUUGUAUAACUCUGUUGUAAACUUUGAACCAAUGAAAUGCAUUUUAUAGUCAAAGGCUUAGUGUAAACAAUAUUUAUUAUGAAAUGUAAACAAUACAUUUUAUACACUAUAAAUUACAUCUUAUACACUAUAAAUUACAUCUUAUACACUAUUAAUUUACACAGUGACAAUUAGGAUUCAGAAGCAAGCAGCUAGUGCUUAAAUUAAUUUGUCUCCUUAAAGGCUUCUAAAAUUACACAUUUUCUCACUUGUUCAGACAAAACAAAAUGAACAAAUGGGUGAUUGGCAGUAAAAAUAUUAGCAUCAACUAACAUAACAACCAGAAGUAUUUUUAUCAGGUUCCAUCCAUUGUUUUCACAUUCUGGUUAUUUUCAUCAAAUAUAUUCAAAAAAAUCUUUAGCAUUGGAAAAACACUCAGCCACUGAAUUUACAAGAUUAAAGAGUGUUUAAUCUCUAUUUUGGAAAAAGGCAACACCAAAUUUUGAAAUUCAUUGUUAAAAGUUGUUGUAGGGAAAGUCAGAGUAGAUUUUUUUUUCAGCAUUAAGUCUUUAGUGAAUUCAGUCAAUUCUUAAUAAACCUGUGACAUUAUUUUUGAUUAACAGGCUAACAAAUAAAUAAACAAUAUCAGCUUUUAAAAAAGCAUUUCUUUUAAUUGGUUAGCAAAAACAUAGAAAAAAAUGUUAACAUUUAUAAAAAAAAAAAUGUAAGUGUGUAAAAAACCAAACAUUCCAUAAAUGUUUUAUAGAUAUAUGUAUAUUUUAAUGUGUAUGUGUAAAUGCUUUAUAUAUGUAAUGAACGAAUGAUCAAAGAUUUUAAGAUUGUUUCAUUGUGCAUUUCAAAGGUAUGGAUCUACAGGUUGAAAAUUGUAAUAAAACUAAUUUAUGCUUCUAGUGCAAUAUUUGUUUUAAUUCUAUUGUUUAAUGCUACAGUAAUUUUGGCACAUUUAUAUUAUUUUCCUUAACCAGAUGGCAUUGUUUAUUUUAUUCCAGGAAAACAGUUUAUUCUGAUUGAUAACACCAAAGUCCUUUUAUAUCACCUAUUUGUUUUCAGUAAGAAAGAUACUGAAAACUGAUGAUGUCAUUCCUGAUGGAUUUUAUUUGUUUAAGGUUACAGGGUUUUUGUUUUCUUUGGGAAAGAUUUUCCAUGGAAGUUUUAUAGUUCUUUUUAAAUUGAAUUGGCUAUUCCAUAAUCAUUCCUAUUUAUGUAUUUUAAAACAAAAUGUGUUGUCUUUGAUGUAUAUGGGUUUGAAAAUCUCAACAAAUUAUCUCUUUCAAUUAAUUUUCCUAUUUAAUCUCACCUCAGUGCAGCAAACUCUACAAUAUUUAUAUAUAAAAUGUAGUAGAACUCCCAAUCUUUUCUCACAACAAUUGCCAUUUAGCAAAAAGGAAUGUGACAAUAAUAUUUUUAAUUUGAGAUGUAAUUUUGAAUAAAGUUUUAAUUCUUUUAACAAUUUAAUCAAACAGUACAAAUAUUUUUGCAUUUUGAGAUUUUGAUAUUAGUGCCAUGUAAAAGAUUGUAUCUGCUGAAUAUUAAGAAAAACUGUUCUUGCAAAAUAAUUCAGUUCCAUGUUAAAUUAGUCAUGUCAUAAUUUCUGGAGUUUAUUUUGUGUCAUUAUUGCAUGAAUGCAUAUUGCAGUGCUAGGAAGUGCAGGAUUGUUGACCACAUGAAAGAUCAACACCAAAUUUAAAAAGUUAAAAAUGUUCAUGUACUCAUUUUCUCAAAGUUUUUUUUAAUGGUAAUUCUGUAAGAAUGUCUGUAGGAAACAGCCUGACAUUAAUUGAUGAAGAUGAUUGUGUUGUUGGAUCUCCUGCUUUGUUGUGUGGUUGUUUACCUGAAGCAAGGCUUUAUUGGGUUCCCAUACACAAUCCUAAGGAAUCAGUCACUCAUUGAUGGAUUCUGCAAUUAUAAAAACAAAAAUUAUAAUAAUUUUUAACUUUGUAAGCAAAAAAAAAAAACAGAAUCUCUAUAAAGAUCACUUAACUGAUUUAGCCUGUAUGGUCUACAAGAUCAGGGGCACAACAAUUUUCAAAUUAAAAGUAUGAAAUAUUUUCUGUUAUGGAACUGCAUAUAUUGACUCUUUUCCCUUUGUCACUGUGUUAUCUUUCGCCUCUUGUUCAAGAAUGAUACCAGAUUUCUUUUACAUUGGGAUCACAAAUAUGGUGUGAACAUCCAAUUAACAAGUGUUUCAUUUAUUAAACAAUAUGUGGAAAUACAUUAGUGGUUUUCAGCAUGUAAAUUUAGAAUCCAUUACAGAUUAUUAAUGAUUCCUGAUAUCUAUUCAGAUGAAAUGAAAGGUCAACAUACUUCAAAUCUUAGUUGUUUUGUGUAUCAAUUUUGAAGUACUUAUAAAAUUGUAGAAUAUUUAUUUAAAGAACACAGACAUAACUUUAGUAACAACAUAAAUUAACAAUAUAGCUGUACACUAGAUAUCUUACAAUGUAGAUAACCAGGCUUUACCAGACAAACUUGAUUUUAAUUUUGGCUUCAAUAAGUAUGCUAUGCAAAAGAUUGUUUCAUUGCUAGAUGAAUAACUAUCCCACCUUAAAACUUGUUUGUCAUAGUACAUGUACAUAGAAUUGGAAUUGUACAUAUUUAAUUAUAUUUAUUUGUUAUAUAAGGCUUAUUUCUAUCUUAGACAACUUUAUUUAUACAUAAAUUAUCCUUUUGUUAUUUUAAUCAGCUAAUUGCUUCCAUAUUGAUUUAAAAAAAAGGCUUAAACAGAGCUUGUGGGUUUCAUGCUGACACAUGUGUAUGUGUAUUUUAGAAUGGAUUUUUUGUAAGGCAAUAAUAUCAUUAGCUCAAGUUCACUGUUAUAACAAGAGACCAUUCCAAUGGAUUGUCUCCUCUCAAUUUCUGAUUUACCAUCUGGUAGUGUUGUGUUUGUAUCAUUAAUUUUGAGUUGUUAUACAAUAAGUUAAGUCUGCAGAGCAGUCUGUAGUUUUAAUGUAGAAGGAAUUUCUCAUUUGGCUAAAAGAUUUGUGAUCUGAAAAUUACUUUUUCAACUUAAUAUGUAUUAAUUGUAUUCAUGCGACUAAGUUCAAGAUUUUCAAUGCGAAAACUAAUUUUUUUAACAGUAAAAUAUUUUAUUAGUAAAAACAGAUAUUUUUAAAUACAGGUGUUAUGUCAAAAAACCCGAAAAGGUACUCUUUAUUUCCCCAUUAAUAAGUGACAAAAGUAGUUUAGCAACGUUCAGAACUCAUUAAUCUCAUAAAUCCUAAAUAUGAAAAAGGAAGAUAGUUCUAUUAUAAAUAUAAAAAAAUAUAUGAAUAUAGCAAGGAAUAAUGAUCUAACUAAUAUACUUGUAAAUGGUAAUAUCUAUAUUGCAAUUCAUGUAGGCAAACAGGUGCAUAUCCUGGUAUCUAUGAUGAGUUUAUCUAAAGUAAUUAGUACAUUAAACACAAGCUUACUGCUUUUUAUUGUUAAUGUUGGCAUAUUUGUAUUGUGUAUAACUUCACUGAUGAAUUUUGGUGUAUUUCCUGUAUGAUAACCAUGUAUUUAAUGAUUAUUUGGUGUUUAAAUGUCUAAUUGCUGCUUAAUUUUCUGUUAUUAAAUUGGCUCUUUAAAUUAUAUUAAUUUAAGUAUCAACAUAAGAAAGCACUUUUAAUUCCUGUUUGUUAUUUUUUUUAUUAUUGACUUGGCAUUAAUUUCAAAUUAAAUGGUAUGGUUGUAAAUAACAUUAUAUCAUAAUCAGUAAUUUGAAAGUUGUGCAUGAGUGUUGAAAAUUUUGUAACUCAUUUUCCAAGUGGGAAACCUUGAAUAAAAGGAAGACCAAAGA